GUGAGUAUCUUUAUGGAUUGUUUAGUUUUAAUUUUUAUUUUGGAUGUUUGGGUUUUGAGGAGCCCCACUGAAUAGCACCUCCUUUUCUCCACUGAACAAAUUGAACAAACUGAUAUAAAACAAACGAAGUUGCAGAUGGAAGCCUAAACGUCAGCUUUACUACAAGGUGAAGGCCCCCUGCUUUCCCCAUCACAGGGAGGGGGGCGGAGCAUCCUCUGAGAAGCUUGGAUGUGAGCUGUGCCUGGCCACUCUUGGGGGAGGGGCUACAUUUCACGAGGCUGCAGCUGACAAGAAGCUUCAAGUCUUUUGCCGAUAGUGGAAAUUUUCCUGGACCUGAUCAAGCGCGUAGCCUGUUUGCUGUGUUGGCUACACCCUGCCUGUGUCCUCCUUGCAACUCAUUCUUUCAGACCACAGCUUAGGUUAAUAUCAGAGAUGCACAUGACCUGGGGAAUCUGCAUGUGAUGCCAGUUGAGCCUCAGAAAGUCAGCGCGACCACAAAAGUGCCGAGCAGGGAGAAGGCUCUGCUGGACAAGCAGUUGGAGUGAGAAUAAAAACAACCGGAUCACAGGGCCAGACCCUCCACAAUCCACGUGACAUUGGGGAAGGACCGUCUGUCUUCAUCACAGGGAGGGGGCGGAGCAUUCUCUGAGAAGCUUGGGAGUGAGCUGCGCCUGACCACUCUUGGGGGAGGAGCUGCAUUUCACCAGGCUGCAGCUGACAAGAAGCUUCCAGCCUGUCUCCUUUUGGAGUGAGAAUCAAGACAGACGGAUCACAGGGCCAGACCCUUCCUGAUCCACAUGACAUUGGUAUCUUCCAUAUUGUCCCAUUCAAACAACGUGUUCAAGCAUCCUUGGGAAAUUCAGCUGGAGGAGAACAGGCCACACAAGCUGUAAACCCUUUGUAAUUCUUUGUAGUUUUAAAAGGGGCAUUGCUAAAAGUAUUGUUUGUGGUAGGAACUUCCUUAGCAGUGACAAGAAUAGCCAGACACCUCAAUCUCUGCUAGUAAACUCCUGGCACACAAAUCUAAAUCAUAAUGGAUGCCAAGUAUGUCUUAUGCAAUUGGCAAGACCAAUUGUGGCCAGCAAAAGUUUUGUCCAGAUCUGAGGCUUCAUCAAACAGUAAGAGAAAAAAGACAUUUUCCCUAGAAGUUCAGAUACUCUCACUAGAUGAAACAAUUAAAGUGGAAAGCACAGAAACAAAGAUCCUCACUAAAUCUCAAGUUGAAGCUAUUGCCUCCUCACUAGCAGCACAGUCAGAGGCCAGUGACCCACCUAGAGAGGAAACAGCCUAUGCAAGGUCACUAAAAAUGGCACUGGAUGUUCUGAAUGAGAGAACAAAUUUGAUUCAAGCAAGCAGUUCAGAUGAGGGAGAGACCACGACAUUGUCUCAAAAUGUACCACAAAAGCUUUCUGAUUCACCCCCUCGUAAAAAGUAUCGGAAGCACGAAGGAGACUUACCAAAGUGUCUUGAGGAAAAUGAAAAUUCAACAUCCCUGUUAGUAUCUUCAGAGAGUGAUGAUUCCCUGUAUGAUGAUAAAUUACGGGUGCAUGCAGUCAUUGAUACUAUUCCAAGUGAAAUGGAAACAAAGUCAUCACAAAACUUCAGCUGGCGCCACACUUUCCCUUCACUUUCAGAAGAUGAGGAUGAAAAGGAGAGCAAGAAAAAGAUUGACAUCUCAACAAUUAUGCCUUUGCAUUCCACAAUUAAAGAGGAAUAUGUUAAAGAUGAAAAGUUCACUCCAACUUUACCAUCAGAUAGCUUCACUGUGCCCAAAGCUUUGAAAGAGGAGGCACAGGACAUCUGCCCAGAGGCCCCGGCUGUUCCCUCUGAAUGCUCUACCUUCUCAGAGAAUAGUGAAGAUCCUGGAGAGGGUCCCUCCAAUCCAUGCUCAGAUACCAGCCAGAAUCAACCUACUGUGGAAUCAGAGAUGGGUGCUGUGGCAUCCCCUAGGCCUUCUUCAUGGGAACACCAGGUUUCCUUUAGUGCCUCUAACCAUGCCAUGGAUUAUUCACUCCUUGUGAAUAAUGAAAGAAAUCUUCAGACACUGGAUUUUGAGGAACUUGGGGAAGAACUUCAAGCUUCUGACAAGUCAGUUCAUCUAAAUUCUAUUGAUGCUUCCAUAUUAGAUGACAGUGAGGAGGAUGAAGAACUUCCACGUUUCAUUUUUCAUUAUGAGCCACGUUCAUUCGAAACAGGAAUGAUAGUCUGGUUUAAAUAUCAAAAAUAUCCAUUUUGGCCAGCAGUGGUAAAAAGCAUCAGGCGAAAAGAGAGAAAAGCAAGUGUGCUUUUUGUUGAGGCAAAUAUGAAUCCUGAAAAGAGAGGCAUUAGAGUGCCUUUUAGAAGAUUAAAGAAAUUUGACUGUAAAGAGAAACAAGCACUAGUGGAUAAAGCCAGGGAGGACUACAGUGAAAGUAUUGACUGGUGCAUCUCGCUGAUUUGUGACUACAGAGUUAGACUUGGUUGUGGUUCUUUUGCAGGCUCUUUCCUUGAGUAUUAUGCUGCUGACAUUAGUUAUCCACUCAGGAAAGUAAUCAAACAGGAUACCUUCAGGAACUUAUUUCCAAAGCUGCAAAAUGAAAAUCCUGUGGAAUCAAUGGUUGUGACUUCCCAGACCAAGAAAAUGUCCUUCCAGAAAAUUCUUCCAGACCGAAUGAAGUCUGCUCGGGACCGAGCCAACAAGAACCUAGUGGACUUCAUUGUGAAUGCAAAGGGAACGGAGAGCCAUCUUUUAGCCAUUUUAAAAGGCACGAAAGGGUCCAGGUGGCUGAAAUCAUUUUUGAAUGCAAAUAGGUUCACACCCUGUAUUGAAACAUACUUUGAGGAUGAAGAUCAGUUGGAUGAGGUGGUGAAAUAUUUACAGGAAAUCUACAAACAAAUAGAUGAAAAAAUGCUGACUCUGAUAAGAGAUGAUAAAAUUAAAUUUAUCCUGGAAGUUCUUCUGCCGGAAGCAAUCAUUUGUUCAAUUUCUGCUGUUGAUGGAUUAGAUUACAAGGCAGCGGAAGCAAAGUAUCUAAAAGGGCCAUCUCUAGGAUACAGGGAAAGAGAAUUAUUUGAUGCAAAAAUCAUAUUCGAAAAGAGACGGAAACCAUUAACAAAUGAAGCUCAUUAAAUCUUCUGAGAGUCCAAACCAUAACAGGGAACUUCCA